CAAAUCUCAUCGCGCACCAACUCACAAUUCAACACCAAGACAGUGUGGCUCUUUUGCUCUCUUUCUAGUUGUACACAUCUAUUGUCCCAAGCAGCAUUUCCGUCCAGCAUUGCUCUGUUUCUACGUCCCCCCAAAAUGGAAGCAGAGUUAACUUACAUGAGUAUUCCCGAGAUUGCACAAUCGAUGAAGUCGGCCCAGCUCGAACUCAGCUACGAACGCGCUUUGCGCCAAGCGGAGCGCAUCUACGAAGAAGAACGAGUGCGCGCUCUCUGCGUCCAGCUUCUCCUCCUUGAAGACGAGAACGGCGAACUUCAAGAACAAGCUCUGCGCAACGAAGAUGAACAAAACGAUCUGGCGCAGACAAACGAAGAUCUGAAGGCACAGUUUUCGGAUCUCGAAGUCGAGCUGCAGCAGACCCAAAUGGACUUGAAAACCCGGAGUCGAGAUAUAGAACACUUGAAGGCAGAGGUGGACGCAUUGAGUACCGCAAGCGCGGAUGCGACGAAGCUGCUGUCGGAGAAAUUGGCAUUGACUAGAGAGCUCAACGCGCUAAAACCUGAACUAGACCACCUCAGAUCCCAAGCGACGAUGCAACAGAAUCUGCUCGCCGAAAAAUUGUCAUUGCAGAGGGAAUUGAGCUCACUCCAGGUUGAGCUGGAAAACGAGAAAAGAACGGUUCAGCGACUCAAAGCGCAGGAGAAGUCAGCUGCCCGCGAAGAUUCGGCCUUGACUGCGGAAAUUGAGCAGCUCAAGAGAGAUCUCACCAAGGCACAACGUGAAGCCCAAAAGGCGGAUCAAGAAAACAGAGCGGUCAUCGACGACCUGAAGAAAGAGCUUGCCAAAGCACAACGCGACGCCGAGAAGCGUGAUCAAAUCAACAAGUCGGAAAUCGAACAACUCCGGAAGGAACUGAGCAAGGCGCAACGUGACGCCCAAAAGAGUGAGCGCGAAGAAAACUCUGAGAUCGACGAGCUGAAGAAAGAACUUGCCAAGCUCCAACGCGAUUCACAGAAGUCUGAUCGCGAGAACAGAAAGAAGACCGCGCAAUGGGAAAGCGAGAAAGAAAUCCUCGAGGGAAAACUCGAUGCAUUCCGCAACAAGCUCCGCUCUACGAAAGAUCAACUAAAGGAAGCGCAGGAAGAAGUUGAACGGUUACAGGCUGUGAAGAUGGCUCAGUCGGCGGAGAUGACAAAGCUCAGGCUCAACGGAAAUGCGACAGUGAAUCCUAAGAAGAGAAACGUCGCCAGAUUUGAUCCUGACAUGACAAUUGGAACCCCAGGUCAGGGAGGUCCAGCUGCAAAGAAGCAACGAGUUUCAGUCAAUGUGGGCGAUAAAUCCACUUUUUCUAUCACGCCAUUUCUGAAUCGGACGUUGAGCAUUCUGCCUGAAACACCAGCAGAAGAGGAUGUCGAGGAACCCUUGUUGAAGCCUCGCAAACAGAAUCAACGGCAACUCGAUGGCGCUCUUGAGGAUGUAGACCAUGACUCCGAAGCUGAGGUGGUCAAGAAAAAGCCAGGCCGGCCGCUCACUGCAAAGAAGUCCGUUGCGUCAAUUUCCAAGGCCAAGAAAGCGGGGCCCCUCAAAGAGACCACCAACUCUAAAGCGAACAGCACAAUGAAGAAGCCUCAGCUGUCAAGGCUUAUCGAGGAAGACUCGGGCAUGGAGAGCGACGGAGACAUUGAUGCCAUUGUCACUGAUAAGGAAAACACCAACAAAGUCGACAACAGUGCUCAGAAGACGAUCGAGAGAGAGAAGGUGUCAGAGCCAAAACGACCAACUAUAUUCGACGAAGAGGACAACGCGGCGGCUCCAAAGGUUAGGAGUCUUGCACGGGGCGGAGGUGUGCUUGGCAAGGUCAAUCUCAAGGCAAACCCGGUGGGCAAAGGCAAAGCAUUAGCCGAGUUCUCUCCCCUUAAAAGGGAUCGGAGAGCGGCGAGCGUGUUAUAACUGCAGUCCGCUCUGCUUGGUGGAAGUAGGACCUAACGGUGUGGUCAGUUGUGUUCAAUAAUGGGACGAUACAAAGUGAUAUUGAUGAGACGGGAUGGCAGGAGAAGUGUAAUGAUAGAGUGUAGCUAUCAGUGCUCCGGAUGUCUGGAACAGACAAUGUACAAAUCUAUUGACUGGA